CCGCCGAGAGCCGAGCCAAGUCGUCGUUUCGUAUCGUGCGCGCGUCUGCGAUCAUUCUCGGUUUGCUGCACGCGGUUUUCAAUGUGGGUUUGCGCUGCUCUAUUGCAGCUAGUUGGGAUGUAUUUUGUGUAUGUUAAGUUUCUUCUGGAUGACGUGAAGAAGGUGACACUAUCGACAUAUAUAAAAGACUUCGAACCCCUAGAUGUCAACGACUACAACGCAGAUCAUGUGUACAGUUGUUUCUGGGGUGGCGAUGAGAAGACGCGCGGAGGAUACUACGACGCGAAGAUCUUGUACAUGGCAGAAUCAAAACAAGAAAUGGACUGUUACUUAGAUGCGGACAAGCGCAACAGGUCAACGAAGACUGUGCCGUCCAAGACAGGGAGGAAACCGAGAGAAAAAGAAGUAUCUGCAAAGAAAAGAAAAGAAGAAGCACGGAGGGUAGCAGAAAGUGACCUGCUCGUCGAUUUAGAAGACCCUGAAUCUUCGAAGGAGUACGUGGAAGAGUACCGUGAUCAGCUGAAGGCAUUGCGGCAGGAGAACCAAAUUCUGAAGGAUCUGAACUACAAGCUGCAGGAGGCGCUGUGCAGUAAACUCUUAUCGGAGGGUGCUGGGCCAGGAUUGAAGCAGGAGCCACGCGUUCUCCAAGGUGUUAUUGCCAUAGAUGAUGACGUUGAAACUAGUACUUCCAGUCAAUCCUCAUCCUGGAAGACUUACACUGUGAUGACUGCAACACCAGUAACCACUCCGGACGGGACACCUGGGACCUUGUGUGACUUGUUGGAGAACGUUGACAAUGGCAACCGUGCCGUUACAACCCCACCCCCAUUGUCGCCCCCGCCCCCAUUGUCGCCCCUGCCCCCAUUGUCGACCCCGCCCCCAUUGUCGACCCCGCCCACACCGUCGACCCCGCCCACACCGUCGACCCUGCCCACACCAUCGACCCUACUGUCAAGCAAGGACAGCACCCCAUCGGCAGUAGAUCACACACAGCAAGCAGGGGCUUCUCGUACUGGCACACUAGCACUUUCAGUUGGAGCAGAGGAAAAUGGGCUGGUCCAUGCAGGCCACAACAUUUGGCUGGACAAGACUGUCUGGGAGAAACUUAUGUCUUCGUCAAAGGACUCGCUCUUUGUAAAGGACAGUGCUGUGGCCAUUUGGUCGACCGAGCAAUUAGCACGCCGCAGCGUGACUGGAAAGCUGUCCAACAGGCACACUGCAGAAGGCAAGACAGCACAGAGCCCCCUGACACCUCAGAAGCUGAAAGCCAUUCACUGUAUGUUCGACUACUACGCGAGGAUGAAUGGUGCUGGCAAUGAAGAUAUUAAGAAGAGGUCAAAGUCAAUAAGGCGGUACUUGUCUGAAAAAAUGUGCCAGCUCAGGAGGUGAGCAGAAAACUUCUGAACAAAAUAAAAUAAAAAGUGUGUUUC